GCGAAGUAUGGUACAUGUGUCCCUUCACCCGUUGAGCACUGCUGUUUGGAGAUUUACUUUGGGGAUUACUUGCAACAGGCGCCAGCGCCCGCUUUGUGUCGGAUACCGUUCCGCCACCCCCCUCUGACUCACAACGUUACGGUACAAUCCGUCCAGCUUUACCAGAUGCUCGGCUGAGUUCGACGCCCUCGAUGAUGUCGCGUUGCUUUUGACAGCUGUUUUUGUGUUGAGUCUAUGAAAUCUACAAGGAGUUGGUGCACUCUGCGCUUUUUCAGCAAAUAUAUAAGCCGCGAUUCAAACGUCCGCCGAGCCUUCCUGUCACCACCUUCCGUACCACCCUCGUCCGCCUCACGGUUCGGCUGCCUCAGCUAGGUGUCCACCGUCCGCAACCUUCCGGUGGCUCUCUGUAUCACCAUUGUCACCGCGUGGCGGACAACCCUGUCGGGAUAAAAGAGUUUGCAUGGUUUACGUGUUUUCUUGUGAACUUCAGCUUCGGAGGAUAAAGCUGCAAGGUAGCCUCAGGAGUGUUGGCUUUGGCCGCGUCCCCUCUGCCUCACUCCUGUGGGGUUCUGAUAAAGUGACUUUUUCUGCCUGCGGUUGCCGUCUCGCUAGCCUGCGGGUUGACGGUGUCCCCACCUUCCGUAUCCGUGGCGUAAUCUUCUUUUGUUUUUCACAGAAACCUCUCAACGCUUUGGCCCCCGGGCGCAGUAGGAAAUCCCACUUCGAUUGUUCUUCGUUUUGGUUCCCUUCUUCAUCCUUUACACCUCGGAAAUCAGUUGGAGUGUUCCGUAAAUAGGCUGCGGGUUCCUAGUGCGUCUCCUUUCCGCUGCCGACCACUAUUGUAAGCCAAACUAGGUGGACACUUGCAAGUGGCUGAUUCAGACACAGCGGGGACAGUGGCCCUUCUUCGUCAUUUUCGUAUGGGCAGACCGUUUCCCUGUCUGUGCUGGAUUCCAAAAGUUAGCGGCCAUCUUGUGCACUUUUGAUCCAACCGUGUGCGCUAGUGCCGUGGGCAGUCCGCAUAUCUAGCCAGGCUGCAGUCGCCUGCCAAGCGAUCCCGCCUCCGUGGUAGACCUUGCUCCAGCGAGUGAGCUUUCGUUCUUCGCCGGUCUGUAAAUUCAGUCUGGACCGCCUGCGGCGAUCCAUUCGAUUUCCACUGCAGGCGGCAUCUGCUUUCUAGAGUGUAGUGUUUAGCGCUUGGCGUCUCCUAGUAAACAGGCAACGACAGACUGGGGGAGUGUUGUAUUGGAUGUCAGCACGUAGGUAACCGUAGUAGACAUUUGAUUCAGCUCUUCUGCGGCACAGAAUUAUUAUGAUAGUGGAUGCCAUGGAAAUGUGCGAGCGGGAGGACGAUGGCUUUUGCCACGAGACAGGAGAACCGGUCCAAUCUGUUCGAAGACCGGAUGAUAGCAAUGGGCCGCGCGCUGCUUCAGACCUCGUAGCAGAGGAAUGGCUAAAAUCGUCCUCGUCGCAUGGUUUUUUUCUAGGUUACAACUCAGUGGAGACGUCGACCGCAUCGUGCACAGGGACGGAACAGGGAAUUAGCCUAGAGUAUGAAGCGCCACGCUCACCCGCAAGACCGCCGAGACUCCGUCGAUACAUGGACGCAGAUGACGAACGUGGAAUUUCAGGGGAGCGCAUUCUCGACGAUGGGAAUGCCCCUUGCCAGGACAGAUAUGGUCUUGCUGAAGUUCCGCGCACCAGCCGUGAGAAUGCUUCUCUCCAGGAGCAUCUGGACAUCCCUGGACGGAACUCUAGUGGUCAGCUGAAGGCAGUGGCAAGAUCACAUUUCUUCCGCGCAUGCGGUGAAGCAGCUAAGAGCGCGCUUCCCGAAGCAACCCUUCAUCUAUUAACAGGGGACAGCAGCCUGCUGCAGGACGGAUGUGGCCAGGAUGCCGUCGACUCUCAUCGAGAGGUUGCGGAAACCAAUUUGGAGGAGAUACAUCUGUGGCCUCAACAAACAGGCAACCAUGGUUCCCGGUUCACGAGCGAGGGUCCGGAGAGCAUCGAAACUGCUUUCCGCAAGACUGAGAGUGACUUCCACCUGUCCAGAAAUGGUGACGGAGUUGAUAGUACAGGAAGCACGCGGUCAGAGGAUUCGGGUUGUGAAUCGCCAUUGUCACCGUCGUUGACAUCGUCAGCGGCUCUCACGGCUCCGCCACAACAUGGUUGCACAUCGCUGCGCAGCAGCUCUGGAAGGGGCAAGGAACGGAUCGGGCUAGAUGCAGGAUCCAGGGGAAAGAUGAGCGAAACAGACAGCACCCGGUCAGCAAAUGGAAAACAACGCACAUGUGGCCAGCCGUCCAACAGUGUGCAAGCUGACAGUGGCCCUGUACUGUCACGCAGGCGUCGUCAGGAGGGGAACGGAAGAGGGAGUUCAUCAGUUGACACCAACUCUGCGGACUACUACGCAAUGCAUAAAAUUCUUCCCAAGGUGACUGGGGUUCGUUUCCAGGCGCAGAGAAACCGUUUUGUGGCGGAGUGGUACGACCGCGGUCGAACCAGGAUGGCAUAUUUUCCCGUCAAGCUUUACGGAUUCGAGCAAGCAAGGAAUCUGGCCAUCCGAUGCAGAGAGGAAGUACUCCAGCUCAAACUUGCGAAGAGGAACAACAGAGGCGACGACUCAAGCAACGCCAUGUCCCCGAGAAGUGACGAGAACGGUUCUGCACGUCUAAGGACGUUGGAGGUUGGUACGCUUGCGAGGAAACGCCGUCGCCUCGACAGCAGCAUAUCCUCAGCCUCUACACGUUCUUGGCGACAUACAGUUGGCCCUGUCACUUCACCACCUUUCCAGUCUCCCAUCCUUUCCGAUGUGCCGUCUUCUCCUGUAGCGGCAGUCAACAGUGGGUCUGUUAAGGAAACACACUAUGCUUCAGACGUUAGCAUUGUACAGUCGCUUCGGUCUAUCGAUUCGGACCCUCUGAAACACGAGUCAACUGCCUCACCAAGACAGUCGAUCAACCCUUUCAAGAAGCACUGUCUGCCCAUGCUGUUGAAACAACAGCAGGAGAGGGUGACGCUUGAGAAGGCGCACGACGGAGGAAGAGCGGCAAGCGUUGUCGCCGUGGAGGCCAUUCUACGCGAAUUACUCAAAAGAGUUGUCGUAGAUGCAGUCGUUGACGAGCACCACGAGAUGUGCAACACCUAUCCUGAUGGCAGCUCAUUGGGCUUCGAGGGUCAGAAGAGAGCGACCUCGCCUGUCGGCUUCCGCUCGCCGCUCUCGUCGGAGAUUACAAAACUUCUUAAUCCGGCACCCCACGAUCGACAGUCGAGAGAAAAUGACACUGAGGUGUUUCUCUCUCUACUCCAGGAAGCAGUAGUAUCGACAGAGUCCUCUUCAGAAGGGGAAUCCCUACCGACGUGGUCAGAUGCAAAGCAGGCACACAUCUUGAAUUGUUCUGGUUUGGGGCGUAGUACGAGUGCGACGAGUGUAUACGGCCAGCGAAUUGGCUACGCACAGAGGGAACCUAUCUCUGCAUUCGGCGAGCAUAGUGGGAACAGCAGUCGUGAGGAUCUACGCCGCUCUACACGAACAAGUGGAGGACCGCUCAAGAAUGUAGAUUGGUGCGUCGAGCCGUCUAGCUUCAAUAAAAAAGGGGUGGCUGAGGUACAUGAGUUAGGAGAAUCGAGAAGCCACCAAAGCGGUAAUUUUUUUCGGAUUGCUCGUACUGCAUUCUCGACAACAGUUUGUGGAAACGGGAUGCCUGAUGGUGAGGGCCAUUUGACGGACGAUCUGCCUGCAUCAGAGCCGUCCGCCAGUCGCGGCCCCACGGUUGAUGUGUGUAGAUCACCGGAUUCUGAAGCGGCCCACGAAGAAAAACUGUCGCUACUCAAGGCGGCAGUGGGUCUUAUAAACGACAUGGUAGAUGGGUGCAAAUGUGGAACUCGUGGCUGCAAUAAAGAACACCAAACACACGUGACUUCAACUCGGUUUCAACAAGGUAUAGGUGCAUCGGGCGAUGCCUGGAGACCCAUCGAAGAAGCCCAAACUAGCGACAAGCAACAUCUGUUAAAUGCCAUUCGUGUAGCCAUUGCAGCGAGACAGCACCCGGGGUGGUGGCCGAUGUAGCUGCCAAAGGAGAUCUCGUACAAUCCACCAGGAACAGUUGCUGGGUCGGGCUAUUCGUGAGGUAGGCGUGAUCGUUUGUAUGUAGUGGUCCCGAAAGAUUAGACUUCUGGAUUUAGGGAGCUAUUGGUGCGACUAGAGGGGCCACAAAGGGAUUCUUGUUCAACAAACGUGCACGGUGUGCCUUUUACACGUGUGGAAGGACUGUGGACAGAGAACUGUAUCGGUGUCACGCGGAGAUCAGUAUGUGAAUGAGCUCGAGUGCAUCGUACGUGGCGUGACAGUCGCAAACCAUGGCGCAGACCAAGCAUGCAGUUUCGUCGUGUCCGAGGACCGUACUGUCCGACUGAGGUGUGGAACGGUCUAAUAUAUUUGCCUCAGCGAGAUGUCAGUUUCCGUGUCUGUCGACACCGCCUAGUCACUGCGCGCCGGCAGAGGCGCCCAGACAUGCAGUCGUGUAUAGUGGGUAGACGGAGUGAACCACGAGGCAGGGCGGAGACUUUUUUCCAGCCCCUGCGGCAGGAGGUGCCCGUGGAUCUAACGGCAUCUAAUCCGCCGAUCCGUUUCUAGUUGCGUAAAGUUCUGUCCGUUGCGGAGGGUUUUCAGUCUAAGGGGGGCAGCGUAAAUACAGGUGUGAUUGGAACGUUGGCAGUGUAACUGUGAGCCAAGCUACAGGGUCAUCCACUUAUGCACAGAGAUCGUGUGUGCUGGUUAGUGUUACGUCGUGUUUUGUGAGGGGAGUUCUUUUUCGAAGCGAGACAGAAACAUUAUUGGUCAUUCAAAAUUAAGAAAGGCGUGAAGUACGAUCUGGGGCACGCCUCAUCACAGGGUGACUGUCUCUCGAGUGUACUACUUCCGGCUGAUUCCGAUGCAUAUAUGCGGCGCUGCUCCGCCUUAUUUUGUGGGGGAGUUGCCACACCAAUGUACGAAUGGAAACAUAAACUUUGUAGUGGUGGGCUGAUCCGUUACUAGGUAUGAGUUCAUUCUUAGUGGUCCGCUGGAACUCGUGGGUACUCCAUCGAGGAUUCUGGUGCACAGGUGUUCUUUGGCUCGUCCACGGUUAUAUUUUUCAAGAAUUCGUUUGCCGAGAAAGCAAUCUGUAUUCUGGCCUCACCGUUGAUAAGGAAAUCGAGUGAAAGCCAUGGUUGAAAUGACGACUGUACAUUUCCGUGUGCCCAGUCCGCGUUCAUAAUUGUGUAGUCAUGUUGAGGGUUAGGUAGAGGCUGUUAGAGCAAGGACGUUAGUCGGCUGUUACCGUCGGCUUCCGCACUUUUUGUCGUCCUUUAGUAAAAAUGAUGUAUGUGUGUUCCGUGUCUUGAUUCACGUGGGUGCGCCUCUGUCCAGCGGUUGCAGAAGCUCAUUAACAAAACAGUUUACUGCAAUGGCGGUUUUUAGUGUCACGUUUACUUGGAAGAUGAGCUGACAGUGGAACGAGGACGGGGGGUGGGUUUCACUGAAUGGGUAGUGUACGGAGCUUUUUCCCUAAAUGUCUCAUAACAAAGAAUACAAGAGCUUGUGGAAACUGUGGACAGGGUUCACCUCGGUCGCGUUUGUUUCCUCGUUCUUCUCUCAGGGGAGCAAAGGAGUACUCCACGCUUUUCAGACAUACCAAAAAACUAUAGUGCGGGUGGGACCUCUACUGAGGGCAUCCUGUAGAUUAUGGAUCGAUUGCGUUGAGGGCGUGAUGGAGGCGUAGUAGGAAUCGAUAUUACAUUCGUGACUCGUAUGUUAGGAUAGAUUCUGUCGCGUCGCCUUCCCGUAGUAACAAUCCAAGAUUUUCUCUUGUGGCCCGCUUCUCGUAAUACACGAACGUCGCGUGGAACGGCUUUGUAAACAACAGUCGAAUGCACGUACCUGAUGGUGAGUUAAAAACGUGGCCCUAUUGGUUGUAUGUAUGCUUUUUGGUAGUGUUGUGCUGGAUCUUGUCUGUUCACAGAGUGGGGGGCACGUGGCCUGAUUUUUCUUGGCGUGGCGGAGAGUGGUUUCACAGAGGACUCUUAGCAUACUUGUUACAGAUAAUCGCCUCUUCACCGUGAACAAAUUUCAUGAACUGCAGCCCCUCACUCUUCGAUGAGGAAUGCAUGAACGGUAGUGCCUGCAGCACAGCUCUAAGAUACGUGACGCCCGCGCACUUCUGAACUGCUACCACAGACAGUUGUCAGCGGGCCACAGGACAGUCGCAGCGCGCCCCCGCAAGCAAGUAAGACCCCGCCCGAAAGCUUGAUGUUUGCGUACAUUUCGCAGCUGUCGCAGCUCGUGUCUUCGUGCGUAAGCGGCUAGCGACGCAGGAAGGCAGAAACACGAAGAAGAGCAUGAUAUUGACUACCAUACUCUCGCAAGCAAUGUUCGAAUCACGCCUCUGUUCCAGCCGUCUUGGAACGGAUUAGUACCUUCUGCAAAACCAAUUAAAAAG